AUGGAGAGUUUCACAGGCCUUCAUGCCUUAGAAGGAUGGAAUACAGAUGGAGCCAGAGUUAUUGUGGAAAAGGCACCGAAAGCAAGAGUACCUGAUCUUGACAAGAGGAAGUACCUUGUUCCUUCUGACCUGACAGUUGGCCAAUUUUACUUCUUGAUCCGAAAGCGAAUCCACUUGAGGCCAGAGGACGCCCUGUUCUUCUUUGUCAACAACACCAUUCCUCCCACCAGUGCUACUAUGGGCCAGCUGUAUGAGGAUAAUCAUGAGGAAGAUUAUUUUCUCUAUGUGGCUUACAGUGAUGAAAGUGUAUACGGAAAGUGAGCCAGCCGGCUUCAUCGAUGGGACGGACAGAAAGGACUGUUGUGGGAAGAAUUAUGCAUCAGAUGGAAGCAAGAAGAGAGAAAGAGAAAGAACUGGACCACCCUCCUCCCACCUAUUUCCACACCACCAUUUCUUGCACCCUUAUUAUUAAUUAGUUAUUACGAUUGUUUCAUUUAAUCAUUAUUUGAAGAGGUGAUUGGUGCUUUUUGAGAGGGAGAUCUGUUUACCACCUUCCCUUCAACCAACUGGCACUUCAGUGUGCCCAGGGAAGGACAAGAAAGAAGAGGUGAAUAGGGAACAGGAUUGCCAAAGGGAAUUAAUAGCAAAACAUCCAACAUCCAGCCCCUUAACUGGAUCUUCCCAUCUGCAUUUUAAUUUACCCAAUUAUAAAAUGGUAACAUUUUCCUCCCUAGCUGAAGAAGGACGAACACAGACCCCUAUUUUCUGGAGUUAUUUCUGUUUUUCCUUGGACCUUCUCUCUGAUCCUGUCAUCCGUGGCAUUUAUGCCAUACUCCUCCUUCCUUCUUCAUGUGUAGCAUCUUGGAUGAGUCCAUAUAUUAUGUUAGCAAUCUAAUAGCUACUAGGAAUUGAUGUCACUACAUGUGAUGGGAACAGACUAGAGUAGCUUCUCACUAGGCUUAGCCAACUUAAAAACAUAGCAAAACAAAAACUGCACCCAAGAGUACAUGGCAUUCUCUCAGGGUGUAAAUCAGGCCUUGAGCACCUCAUAUGUGAUAUGUUCUCAUUACUUGCAUGAGUGUUUUGUGAUAUGUGUCUUUGUCAGUAAAAGACUGUUCACCCCUAGGGCUGCAUCCGUACUGCAGAAAUAAUCCAGUUUGACACCACUUUUAACUGCCACAGUUCAAUGCUAUGGAAUUCUGGGACUUGUAGUUUGUUGUGGCACCAGAGCUGUGGCGGUUAAAAGUGGUGUCAAGCUGGAUUACAUCUGUACUAUGGAUGCAGCCAGACUUCGGCAGUACAGAUGAUCUAUCACCAUCCCACCCUUUAACCUUGUGCUGUGUUCUCUGUCGCUAUCAAUGCAAUGGUGGGGUGGAAAACACGGAGUUAAUUUACCUAUGUUCUUGCCAUAAAGGCUUGUUCUUUUUUCUGAAGAAUUGCCCUUCAUGCCUUCCUCUGUUCCAUCCCUACCCUGAUAAACGCUUAACUGCUAAGCAUGUGAAGACGAUCUGUCACAAAGCAGGCCUUUACGUAGCAAUGCCAAAGCAGCUUUUUCUUUUCCCCAAGUGCAACAGCGAUCAUUUCCCUCCCUCUCUCCUUAUAUCUUUUGUUCUAAAUGGGGGAAUUAUGACGAAAAUGGGGACACUUCAUGCUGAGGCUUCUAGUGAAUUAAUGACUGUGCUAGAUUUUUUCCCCAUUUUUAUAGCCUCAUUGAGGGUGUGUAGAAGAGAGACUAUAAAUCAGCAGAAGUAUAUCAUCUGCAACCCCUAGGGAAAGAUAUAUGCUAGAUGGGGGAAAAGAUAUAUGCUAGAUGGGGGUGCAUGGAACUGCUUGAGAAACCUGAACUUUUGAGUAGUAUUUAAUCUUUAGAAUAUUUGUGGAGUUAAAGAAACUGACAACAACUUAGCCUCUGCUUCUUUGAAUUUCAUGUUCAUAGCUUGAAGUGUCAUUCCUCUAAAUAAACGUUAAGAUAGCAAGGGAUCCAGGGGGACAGGACUAUUAAGUGGCGUCUGAAGAGCUUGUGUUAUAAAGGGAUAUUCAGGAACUGAAAAUGAGCAGCAUUUGUAGAAGUAAAAGGCCUUCUGGAUAAGAAAAUUAGGAGGAGCCCUACCAGCAAUGAGUAAGUGGCAUAGAGUAAUAGCAGGCAACGAAGGCCAAAUGAAGGAGGCUUGAAUAUCUGCUUGUUUGUUUGUGCACUGAAUCUAGUUUUACUGCUUAGUUCUGGCUUGAAUAUACCUUUCAGGGCAACUGGUUUUACUUAGGAUUCCAAAUUCCUUCCAUUACCAAUUGCAAUUUGCUUUUGUUUGCUUGGUCUUUCUGUUUUCUGGUUAUCUUUUAAGAGGCACAUUGCAAAUCCAGAACCAUAAGCAUGUCAUUCAAGAUAUGUCUGGGGUCACAGUGCACAUUAGUAUAUAUCACCUGUAUAUCCUCUCACCUGUCCUCAGGGGUGAAGCAGUGGAUGCUGAAAGAGAACUUGAGUUACAACCUCGCACCCAGGCUGCUACUCAUAUUUAAGCAAUGUUAAUGGGAUUUCAGCACUUGGUACAUAACGAAAUAUUACUUUCAAAGGGUUUAACUGGAUUGUGGAUUUUUUUUUUCAUUGUUGCUCAGCUCCACUUUGUAAAAGGUGAUGUUGAUUAUUCUUUCUAUGUCAUUAAUUUUAGGCAGCUUCAAGUUCUUAUUAAAAGGUCAUGCUAUAUCAGCUCAAUCAAUAAAGACACACUUGAAAAUGUGA